AGGCGUCACAAUUUCCGGGGCUGUAUAAGGAAGAGGUGGACCCGAGCGUAACAUGUCGCUCUCAUAUCACAGCCGGGAAGAUGGAGGGACUUGACGAGGAUUGGAAAGGUCUCUGGACGGCGUCUUGUAGGACGCCAUGUGGUGGAAUGGUGAGUAUGGGUCUUGAUGGAAACGGGGUGGGCAUUUGUCGGCGUUUGUGGUGCAAGGAAAAUUAUUUACUGGUAAGCCUCAGCGUUUCUUUACCCUUCUUCUUCCUACUGGCAUGCCAAAGCCAGUAUUUCCGCUUUGCGCUUCAUUUUCAUCUCUUCUUUUUGCAUAUGGGUUUCAGCGAGCGGGAUUGCAUGGGCCUUUUCUUUUGCUUAUUCCCUUCUUCUUUUGUCUUGGUUUGUUGUAUAGCGGGGGAUUGGAUCUAUGAGGAGCCAUUAUAUAGGUGUGUGAGAUUUGAGAUGGAUAUCUUUUUGGGGAGGGUUUUGGAGAUUUACGAUGGGUUUUUGAGGGGAUCUGUGAGAUGGUGGAUAUUCUUUCUUUUUUUUGGAUAGUUAGGGGGGUUGUUAGGAUGUUGGAGUUGAUUCAGGAGGAGGAGCUUUG